GAAUCAACGAAAGGCUGAACUAUCACCAAGCUGCAUUCAAAAUGACACGAAAGGUUGCAAAAUGUAACGUUAACUGGUGUUUCAGAAUAAGAUCGUCGUUGUGAACCGUCAUUAUCUUUCGUUACCUGGAUUUAGCUUAAUUCAUUAUGAGUCCUGGGAUGUUUUUUUGUGAAUAACAGCAAUAAAGUUGAAGGCAUUCAUUAUUCGUCUACUAACAGCAGAAGACCAGUCUUGAAUGCGACUUCACUGCGACUGUCGACGAUGGUGACCGGAGUGGAGCUGCUCAGUCUCCUGCUGGUGUCAGUGCUGUGGGGCUGCACCAACCCCUUCCUGAAGAGAGGCGCAGAGGGGAUAGAACAUGUGACGAAGACCAACAGGGUCUCACAGCUGCUCGCAGAACUUAAGUUUCUUUUCUUUAACUUCAGGUACCUGAUCCCAUUCCUUCUGAACCAGAGUGGCUCUUUGGUCUAUUAUCAUACCCUUUCUACCACAGAGUUAUCCCUUGCUGUUCCUGUGACCAACUCUCUCACCUUCCUUUGCACUUUGCUCACUGGCAAGUUACUUGGUGAAGAGUUUGGAGGCAAAAAGGCUGUUGUAGGGAUGUUCCUCACCAUGGCUGGGAUCACCCUGUGUGUUAUGAGUAUCCACUGAUGACAGAGUCACUGGGAGGCAGCCCAGCCUGUGCACUGUUCCCCAGCUGCUUUGUGUAUAUGACAUUACCGAUGUAGGAAUGUAUACCACUGCCUGACAACUGCAGUUGGUUAAGGCAGAGGAAGAACAUAGCUCUGAGGGUGAGUGACCUUGUUGUAUGUUCAGUAAACAUGUCAGAACAGUAUCCACAAAUAAUAGAAUAUUGUUUAUUGUAUAGUAUUUAACUGACACAAACAUUGUACAGAUUACUUUAUUAUUGACACAGUAU